AUGAAUGAUCCCAAAAACUUGGCUGCAACCCCGUUGCAUGGCAUAUAUAUUCCAACAGCGCUAAUCAUUGUGGGAAUUUGUAUCUUGAAUUAUGAUUAUCUCCCUCACACAAUUGCAAUUUUAGCGGUGUUUUUUACCGUUCAAUUUACAAUUGCCUGGUUCAAAAAGCCUGUUUUGAGCAGCACCGAUUUCCAAAAGUAUGAGCUACUAGACAAAACAGUGAUAUCCAGAAAUUCUGCCAUAUACAGAUUCAAGCUGCCAAACGAGACCGACACCCUAGACAUCCCGAUUGGCCACCACUUGGCUUGCAGAUUUGUCAUCGACGAAAAGGAGUACGUUCGCUACUACACACCUAUUUCAAACCAGUUUGACGAAGGCUUUUUUGACUUGCUGGUGAAAUCGUAUCCGAAUGGCACAGUGUCGAGGAAAUUUGCAGGUCUGUUCCCUGGUCAGCAGGUGGAAUUCAAGGGUCCUGUCGGCCGUAUGUCGUAUAAAACAAACAUGGCCAGCCAUAUCACCAUGAUUGCCGGAGGAUCCGGAAUCACUCCUAUGUUGCAAGUAAUUGGAUCUAUCAUUACUACACCUGCAGAUGUGACCCGUGUGAAACUGAUCUACGCCAAUGAAACAGAAAAUGACAUCUUGCUGAAAGAAGAACUCGAUGAGUUCGCAGAGAAGUAUCCGAACUUUGAAGUAGUCUAUCUGCUUAACAAGCCCCAGAAGCAAUGGAAUGGUCUGACGGGCUAUGUCACGAAAGAACUUCUUGAAAGAGAGCUCCCGGCCCCAGAAGCCGAUAAACGCAUAUUUGUUUGUGGUCCACUGGAAAUGAGACAAAGAAUCCUCGAGUAUACGGAAGAGCUUGGAUGGCCAAAAGGCGUCAUCAGUUCCAAACAAGACGAUCAGGUGUUCUGCUUCUGA